AUGCCCCCCUCCAAAGCACUCGACCUCUUGCGCAGGUUUACAACUUGCGAUAUUGGCGAUGCCUUGGUUAAAUUGAAGUAUCCCUAUGGGGGUUUCUUGGAUGGCAUCCGCAUCUUCUCUCCGGACUCUCAAGCUCGCAUCAUUGGCCCGGCUGUUACUGUGAAGAUGGUUGAGUCAAGCGACGGAGCUGCCCCAGCAUUGGACAAGCACUUUGUUGAUCACAACGAAGACGGCGGUGUCAUGUACAUCCAACAGCCCAAAGACCUGCCGUCAGCUUGCUGGGGUGGAUUGAUGUCGACUAGAGCAAAGUUCCUAGGGGCCAAUGGCGUAGUGAUUGAUGGCCGAAUGAGAGACAUCAAUGAACACAAGGAGAUGAAGUUUCCGGUGUUUGCACGCGGCCAUUCUAUACUGGGCUCCAACACUUUCACCAGAGCCUCUCUGGUGAAUGUUCCUCUCCAAUUCAAAGGCAAACUCUGGGUCAACCCAGGAGAUAUACUUGUGGGAGAUGCUGAUGGUGUUGUUGUUGUGCCUCCGUCACUGGCCCAACGCGUUGCUGAGCUGUGCCAGGCGAGAGCUGAGGUAGACGAACAGAUGUUUACUGAACUCAGGAAGGGGGCUGCUAUGGGAGAGCUCGUCAAGACGAUCCGAAAGGAUAAGUGA